AUGCGGAGGGCAGCAGAGCACGUCCAGCUUCUCAGCCAGGUCCACCUUCUGACCAGCGUCUGUGAGAGCCUCCAGCAGGAAGCAGAGACAGCCAAACUCUUCCUGAAGGAGCUGGCCAGCUUCGCUGAGAAGGCCAGCGAGAUCCACUCAGCCAAGGGGCCGGGAUUCACCUCCUCCUUCCUGUCCUGCAAUCUGAAGGAGGCGCUGAGGCUUGUGGAGGAGUUCGACCAGCGUGUCAGACCGUGUGUGGAGACCCCGCAGCCCAAGGAGGAGCCAAAGAUGAACCGGCGAUUUGACGAGUCCAGAGUCCUGCCGAGGGAGGUGGCCUGGAUCCUGGCCACACGGAAUGUCUUCAUGUACCCGGAGCUGCUUCCACAAGUUGCCCUCCAGCCCAGGCAGCCCAAGGACAAAGCCUGCUUCACCAAGGGCGAAGACAACUUGCUGGUCCUGGGUCUGAAGCACUUCGAGGACACGGACCUGCCCAAGCCCCUCAUCAGCCAGUACCUGAUGCCCCCGAAGACUUAUCAUCAGCUGUCCUUCCACAUCAAGAACCUCAGCGUGAGCCGGGCGCCCGACAACGUCGUCAAGCUCUACAGGAAGAGGAAGGUGCUGCUACCCAUGCCCAGCCCCUUUACAGCAGUGCCCCCCGGAGACAUGCGCCCACCCAUCGAGCGAGCAGAGAGUCAGCUGCCCUUUUGGCUUCAGAGGAGCCUGCUGGCGAUUCGGGGAUGGCUGGAGCAGAGGGGGGGCGGAGAGAGUGGCGACAUCCCCCUGUUGAUCCCUGAGGAGCUGCCCCUGCAGCUGAAGCCCAGGGUCAGCCACCUGGCCCGCAGGGAACUGCGCCGGCGCAAGCACAGGCCCUCGGGGGGCAAGCCCGUCCUCAUCCACCCCGCGGGCAAGAAGUCCUCGCUCAAGCAGGCGGGACCCCUCCUCCCUGCCAAGCCCACCGUUCGCACCCGCCCCCGCCUCAUCCAGCCCGCCCCCGCGCCCCUCUCCGCCCUCUUCCAGCUCCCCCAGGGUCAGUCCAUCCCCCCCUCCUCCUCUCCUGCUGCCAACCCCGGCAGGAAGCCCUGGGGUCGGCGAGCGUCCCGGGCUGAUGGCAGGGGCAGGCGCCCCCGAGCCACCAUCGUCCCCGCUCCCCCCCGGACCCCCGUCAUCCUGACCGUCCCCACCGGCCUGAAGCUGCUGAGCCUGGGCGGGGGCUGCAACGUGAUCCGGCCCCUCCCCGCCGCUCCCUCCGUUGCCCCGGGGCAGCCCCUGGGGUUGGCCGCGGUGGUGGUGAGUCCGGCUGCCUUCACCUGUAGCCUGAAUCGUCCCCCCGCCCCGGAUUCCCAGCCCCCCGGCCUCCCCCAGCCGGCCGACGGGAGUGGGGAGAGGCCGCAGGGAUCUCCCGAGGCGUCCCCUCCCGAGGUCCCCGCCAGCCCGCCCCCCGAGGGACGGGUGGAGGAGCCGCCCUUGGCCACCGAGGAGGCAGCCUCGCCAGUCAGCCCCUCCCUCGGCGGGGCGGAGCUUCCCGGUGCUCCGGAGCAGCCCGGGGCGGAGGGGUCUCCCCGAUCAGAGGAGCAGCCGCCCAUCCUAGGUCUCGGGCAGGAGCUAGACGUGGGAGCGCCGCCGGAAAACCCGGCCGAGGACGUCUCCACCGAGGGGAGGGAGGCUCCUGCCAGCCCGCCACGUCGGCCGAGGGCUGAGGAGGAGGAGGAGGAGGAGGAGGAAGAGGAGGAGGAGAGGGUCCCCGAGAAAUCCGACGGCACCCUCAGCGCUGGGGAGUCCUCGGUCAGCCCAGAGGAUGGGAAGAGCCAGGCGGACAAGGCGGAGAAGGCCGGCCAGGAGGAGGAGGACGACGAGGAUUUUGACGACCUCACCCAGGACGAGGAAGAUGAAGAGGUCUUGUCCUCGGCCUCCGAGGAGUCGGCCCUCUCCGUCCCAGAGCUACAGGAGACCAUGGAGAAGCUGACGUGGCUGGCGUCCAAGCGGCAGCUCAGCCAGGAGGGCGACUCAGAGGAGGAGAACUCGCAGGAGGAGAACUCGGAGCCCGAGGAAGAGGAGGAGGGUGAGGGGCUGGAGCUGCUGCAGAAGGAGGGCGAGCGGGGAGGGGAGGAGAUGGCCCUGACUGAGAGCCACGGCUCCCCGUUCCCUGCGGCCGGCGCGGACGCCCACGCCAGCAGCCGGCUGCCAGGUCAGGGUGCGAAGCUGUCGGGCAGGGGCAAGGCUGGGUGCAGGGCGCGGGCGAGGCGGGGACGGAGGCGCAUCAGCAAGGACACCUCCAAACUGCUGCUGCUGUACGCCGAGGACAUCCUCAGCAACGACCCGCUCCGCGAGCAGAAGGACAUGGCGUUUGCACAGGCCUACCUGGGCAAGGUGCGGGAAGCCCUGCAGGACGUUCCCGGGAAGUACGAGGAGUUCCUGCGGAUCCUGUACGACUUUGAGAUGAACCGGGAGCAGCGGACAGCCGUGGAUCUGUACGGCGACCUGUGCGACAUCAUCCAGGACUGGCCACAGUUACUGAAGGACUUCGCCGCCUUCCUGCUCCCCGAGCAAGCUCUGCAGUGUGGGCUGUUCGAGGAGCAGCAGGCGUUCGACAAGAGCCGCAAGUUCCUCCGGCAGCUGGAGAUCUGCUUCGCCGAGAACCCCUCCCAGCUGCAGAAGAUCAUCAAGGCGCUCCAGAGCUGCGUGGUGUGCUCGCCGCCGGACGUUGCUGAGCUGAAGGUGCAGGUCUGUCAGCUGCUGAAGGGCCAUCAUCACCUUCAGGACGAGUUCUCCCUGUUCUUCGACCAGCUGCGGCCCCCCGCCAGUCGAAUGAAUGACUUCGAGGAGGUGAACUGGACCGAGGACAAGGAGUACGAGUUCGACGGGUUCGAGGAAGUUGUGCUCCCCGAUCUCGAAGAGGAAGAGGAGCUGCAGAAAAUGGCCCCCCCUCCCCGGAGCAAGAGGCGGAGGGAGGGGCACUCACACGACAAGGGCCUGGAUCACAAGGCGAAGGGCAAAGACUCCAUGAGCAGCAGCGUCCCGGAGGACUGGAGCCCCCAGCCCACGCUGAAGGAUUCCGGGAAAGGCGGAGACUCCGUGGAGGAAGACCUGGAGCGGAGGGAGGAUGCAGGAGCGGCCGGCAGUGGGGGGCAGCAGUUGGCACCCACCGCUGGUUGGAGCUGGGAGCCAUCCCCCAGCGCAAGCGGAGAGCUGCUGCCCUCAGGGUCCCGCUGCUGCCCGGAGAGCGAAGACGAGGAGAGCCGAGGGCUGCCGGUGGCCGGCGAGGGGGUGCGGUCCCCCGGGGAGAGCCGCAGCCCGGCGACCGAGGACGGCUCGCCUCCUCCACCGAGGGAGGGGGGCCCUGAUACCGGCUGCGGAGGGGCAGGGGAGCAGCCCCCGGCACCGGGCGGUCGCCACUCGGUGAAGUUCGCCUCGGCCGGAGCCCAGGUCCGCUUCCGGAGCUGCCAGGAGAUGGCCCUGGCUCACAGGGCCUUGCGGGAUGGCUGUGUCCAGGGCGUCGGUGCUCCGGAGAUCCCGGCCGAGGAGGAGGAGGAGGAGGGGCAGGCACAUGCUGCCGUGUGCGCCAAGAACACCUGUGUGAGCUCCACUGGGGAGCGGAUGGUGCUGUGGACCAGGGAAGCAGACCGAGCAAUCCUCACCGCCUGCCAGGAUAGGGGGGCCAACCAGGAAACGUUCAGCUGGGUUGCACAGCGGCUGAACAGCAAGUCAGCCCAGGAGGUCUCGCAGCGGUUCCGGGAGCUGAUGCGCUUGUUCCACACCUCGGGAGACGCCAGCACAGACGAGGAGGACGACACCCUGGCCAACAGCAACCCCGAACAGCGGGCAGACUGGCUGAUCUCGGACGAGGACCAGGACUGAGUGCCUGGGAGCUCCUGAGCUGGAGUGUACAACCUUGUACUGCUGUUCAGGAAGGUGGAGCAGGUUGCUGGACUGUUGACUGUCACCAUCCUGGGACAAAGGUAUCCUGAUAAAUUGUGCCAUUUUAGGAACUGCUGUGUUAAUGUUUCAGGGAAUCCAAGCUGCUGCUGGGUUCCCUGCACGUAUUUAAUUUCACUUUUGUGCUGAUGUUGUGUCUCUCACAUGGAUUCCUGUUCCCACUAACCACCCAGCCUGGUCUGUGAUGGACCUUUAUUUAUUGGAGAGGCUGGGUUGAGACAGAAUAGCGUGGCAGAUGAAUCCUGGAUCCUGGUCAUUCACCCUGUGACUGCCUCUGCCAAGGGUGCAGCAUUCCAGCUCUUACGCAACAGAAGCUCAUGGACCCAACCUGCUUUAGGGAUGGGGCACUGGACAAUCCCUUUCCCCAGCACGAUCCAAUCAGUGGAAAUAUCACAGAUCCAAUCAUGGUUUGCAAAAUUUGGCCUAUUCUCCGUCAGAUGCUGUGAGCGUGAAGCGUCCUGGGCAAGGGCAAAUCACGCUUGUGCGUGAAGUUUGGGCUUUUACAGGUUGUGGCAAAUGGCUUUGAUUCCUUUGUCAAGGGGCUAUUGAAGGCUGCCCGAGCCCUCUCAGGCCCACAGAGUAACUGUACUGGUCAGUCUGCUCCUGGAAUGGUUGGGGCCAGUGGAUCAGGCACACUGCCCACUCCAGUUACAAAGACUGCGACUAGGUCAUUACCACAUGUUGUCUCCUGUAAAUAUGUAUGUGAAACAUAUCCUUUGUAUAACUUAAAUUAUAGUGACUGUACAUACAUCAAAACUAGCAGUGCGCAACUCCCGGGUAAUUCAAUAAAUCUUUCCCCCCCACAAGGUUUCCCCUCUCAAAUGGUGUGAAGAAAUACAGGACAGGUUAUACACAGAGAAAUGCUCCCUCUGCACUGUUCUGUGAGGGACAGGGUUACAUGCAGUGCAAUGAUGCUUCUAUACGCCCAUCAUCAUCAAAACAUUCACUGUGUUAAGGAAACCAAUCAAACACAGUUUAUCUCAACAGUCCCAUCAGAUGAUAAAGAGAAAGAAGUUAAACAGGUAGUAAAGCUCCUGCCCUGGGAGAAUGAUGGGACCAA